AUGCGAGCGUGCCACGUUCAAUUACUUCUUGCAGCAGCCGCGAUCACGCAUGCUACCAAAGCCAAGACAACAACUUCCGUCGCUGUUCUUGCCGAAGAGAAGACAACAGUUUUCGCCGCUGGGAGUCCGAAAUCCUCUGAAGAGUCAAUCUAUACUGCGGAUAGAGACGACAGUGAAAGGGCGGGAAACUUUGGUCAGGGCUUUAACGAAGGCCUCAGCGAAAUGGUCGGAAAGUUGAAGGAUGCAGUAAUUCCCAAGAUGGACAAACUCUUUACGAAAACAGAACCUAAGGAGUAUCAAGUGCUUUUGAAACUGGCCGCGAAGCAUUCUGGAGAUCCAGUGUCAGCGAUGGUUGUUUUGAAGAAGAAAUAUAAUGAUAAACGUAUUGCAGAACUCAUCGUUGAUGCAAAGAUGGACCCAACACAUAACGGCGCCGCUUUGAAAUUGGAGGAAGCACAAAUGGAAUAUUGGCUGAACAAUCAUCUUUCUGCUGGUGGAGGGUUCGAGCUACUGGGACUGAAUGAGGCUGAAGGUAACCUGCUUGCGCGUCCAUUAUUUCAAUAUUGGAGCACAUACGUGGAAAGGUUCAAUACGAAACAUUCGGAAAAAGUGAGUGCCGUCGACAUUUUGACGUCCAAGUAUUACUCCGAUGCAGCCUUGGCGCGCCUAAUAGUAGAUGCGAAGAAGGAUACGAAGAGCAAAAUCAACGCUGUAAAAUUGGGGGAGGAGCAGCUAGACAAUUGGCUGAGCAAGAAAUAUUCUGCUGAUGAAGUGUUCAAGCUGCUGAAACUAGAUAAAGUUGAGGAUGGCCUGCUUACUCAUCCAGUCUUCAAUCAUUGGUAUACCUACUUUGAAAGGAUCAAUGUGGAACAUAACACAAAGAAAAAGGUCGUCAGCUUCUUGGACGAUAAGGCCUCGAACAAGGGAUUUCUUCUCAAGAAUUAUUUGAAGGAUGAGGCGGAAAAGGCGAACUUUGAAACAAAAAGCAGAGUUUAUGAACUGUUCGUGGAGCUAAAACUGGAAAGGGUUGAGGAUGGCCUUUUCUCUAAUCCACUCUUCAUUUUUUGGCGUACCUGCUUGCGAAAGUUUAGGGCAGCACAUCCAGAAGAGCCCCAAACAAGUGACUUCAACUAUUUGCGAACCCUUUACGGUGACAAAGGCUUAGCCGAUCUAAUCAAUGCUGAGCGACAGGUCAAAAAAUCCGCAAAAUUUGCUAUAAUUGUGGAGAACGAGUUAUGCGCAACGUGGGUGUCAAAUGGAAAGUCAUUAGACGACGUGUUCGAGCUUCUUGACCUCAACCGUGCAGGACGAAGGAGGCGGCUUUCGAGGCUAACGAGAUUCUUCAAGGUAUAA